CUUGAUAAAUGAAAGUGAAUAAAAGUUGUUAAAACUUUUUAUGAAUUCUGUAGCAAUGAAAAGUAAAUAGUAAUUUUCUACUAUUUCAAUUAUUACAGUUAAACAUUUUAUUUAUAAAGAUUUGGAGUGAGAACUUCUCUGAUUCAUAAAUCUAUUCCUUGUAUAUAUUUUUCAAUAAAGGUUAGGUUAAGUGUCAUUUGACGUAUCCUUAACAGUUUUAUAUCAAGGUGUGUGACAAUCAAAAAAUUGUUAAUUAAAGUCAAAAUUCGUUAAUUUAUAAUAUCUGAUUUGAUUUAAAGAUGUGAACUUCGAAGUAAAUUACAUGAAUAAUUUUAGGCGCGCAGUGCGUAAAGUGUUUGUGAAAACUAUAAAAAAAAGUGUCAACAGCUUGACAAUAUACUGAAUAUUUUCUUCUCAAUAAUAAUGCACAAGGAAUGUAAAAAAUAAUUAUUUGUAUCUGAUAUUUUAUUAUCAGUUAUAAUUAUAAUUACGCUUUAAUUACGGUUAUUUAAAAAUGACUUGAAUUUGGCUCAAGAUCCAGUUUAGGAUCUAUUUUUCUAAUGGAAUUGAACCCUCUGGACAAAGAAGACGGCAACAUGGUAUAUUCAAUUUUCGAUGAAAAUACUUGGUACUACUGGGUUAUUUCAGUAGGAACAUUGUUGUCGUUCGUAGGACUUAUUGUUGCCUGUAUUUGCAGUUGUCGUCGUAAUGAUAACAAGAGUGAGUUCCUGGGAUUACCCGGUAUGGUGACAAUCACGCAUCCUGACAGUGAAGGUUUCAACAGACUACCAACAACAGACGUCUCACAAGUUAUUGCCCAGGAUACCACGGAUUGUGGCAAAAGGACAACUUCUGCAAAUAGAAGUCUUCCCGAUAUCCCGAAAGAUAAAAGUUCGAGUAGCGAAAGUAGAAAUGAGUCGACUCCUCAAGAUGUCAUUUAUGAAGCAACUGAAACAAUUGCUGAUAAUUUGGAGCUUUAUGCUACUGUACAGGAUAAAGAAAGAAAGUCUGAAAGAGAAACUCCAAGUAUAUCUCAACAGAGUUCUCAAGAAGAUCCAAUGUACUCUUAUGCAAGACUUAAGACCCCUCAAACUAAUAACGAUGAACAUCCCUAUGCACAAGUUCAAAACAUUGAAAAGACUGAGGCUAGCCAACUUAUGAGAAAUAAUGCUAGCCAAGGCGUAGAUAGUACCUUCCCAACGACUUCGGUUAGCCAGUCUAAUGGUAACCCAGUGGCUCCUCCGAGAACUCGUAGAUCAUCGUCUCACAGUUCUCUUUUAUCAACAGAAAUAGUGCCUGAUAUUCAAGCUGCUAAUGCUAUAUCUGGUGACGUGCAAGCCAAUCAAGACUUACCUUACAUGACGCCUCCGCUUUUAAUGCCCCUUCCUCAUCCACCGCAGGCACAGCACAAUAAUCUACAACAACAUUUUAGUGGAGAUUCACAGGAUUCGAAGGGAUAUACAAGCAUAAGUGUUAGAGAGCCUUUGGCUAAUAUAAUCGCUCAAACGAAACAGAGACAGCCUUCGCGGUCGUUGAUGGAUUCACAUUAUGCAACAGUUUCCGAUGAUUCAGAUGAAAUGUAUGCUGCUAUCGAUGAACAAGACAAAGUUUAUACAAGUGGAAGUGAAACUUACGCACAAAUUCAACCAGCUGCCAGUGAAGUAAGCAGAGUUGUACAAAAUGAACCUACAAUUUUUGCACAACUACCAUCUCGAUUGGAAGAAUUGCACGUGUCCGCUCCACAACCACCAAGUGUUGACAGCUUACGUCACGUGGCCCACGCUCAUUCCAGACAAGCAUCAUCCUCCAGUGCUACAAGUUCAAUAGUGAAUCCAAGUUCUCCAAAACCUGAGAAACGUCAAGCGAAUUCACCAUUGCCACCUCCACCAGAAGGACUUGUGGAUGUUUACGCUCAACCAGAGAAACGAGGUAAAGGUGAUGAUCGUUUACGAGCCAGCGUCUGUUCUGGUAAGUCUUUAGAAGACAUGUAUGCUAAGGUAAUUAAGAGAAAGCGCGAGACUGAAGAAAUGCAUUCAGAUGUUGUUGUCGCCGUAAAUUCAACUGUCGUAAAUGCUGAUUUAUCCGUUCCAAGAAGGAAACUCAGUCUCAUUGAAGUAAGUCGUGCUUCUUGGUCUAGUCAUGAGUCGGUUGAGAUUCAAAAGCGUGAACAGGACAACUAUUAUCUUCAUUUGACAACUGAAACAAAUCACAAUUUUUCCAAUACAAAAGACGAAUCUACAAGGAUUCCGCGAUUAGUCGAUGUCAAUAGUUCAAAUUCAAAUUUAGAAGGCGAUCAUGGCUACGAAUCAGUCAGUAAUUCAAAUCACAAACCAAAUCCACUGGGUCAUUUGAAUUUAAAUUCCAACAAUAGUGAUCCCAAUUACGAAUUGCUGAUACCACAAUACAAUGAAGUAGCGAAAAAUGAAGAUUAUCCAAGCACCAGUACAAGAAAUGAAGAAACUUUGCCAAUUUACUCGUUGCCAUUUAAACAUCGACAAGUGAGUGACGCAAGCAGUGAGGAUCCAGGAUACGAGAGAGUGAGAUUGCCAAAGAGAGUCGUCGACGUGGAUCAGGACACGGACUCUGAACCGAAUUAUGAGAGUAUGCCUCAUGAACCAAAUUAUGCAUCCGUCUGUCGUCCUGGUGACAGCGACGGUGAUCCCAAUUAUGAAUCCGUUCAACACAACGAUCCAAAUUACGAAAGUGUCAAGUACGUAAGUAUGCCACAAAAUGUUGAUCCCCCCUAUGAGCAACUCAAUAAUUAUGCAGUCGAUCAUUCUACCAGUGAUGGCUACGAGAAGGUUAAGAAAAAGAAAAAAAUCGAUUCCGAUUACGAGAAAAUCGAUCCGAAUUACAAUUCGGAGCAAACUCAUAAUGGCGAUACUGAUGACGAUCAGUAUGUUCAAGUUUAGAAAGAAAAAUAUUUAUCUUUUUAUCGGGAUUGUGCAAAACGAACCAAAACUUAUUGAAAAAAAAGAAAUAUUUUAUAUUAACUUCCAUGACUGAUAAUAUAUUAUUCUAUUCUGAUACUGCGAUUUGAUAUGUUAACGAUAGGAACAGUUAUUUUACCAGUUUAUACAGUUACAAUUAUGACAGCUGAUUAAAAUGAAAAAUGGCAUUUAAAAUGCUAUUUUUGCAAAAUAAAUAUGAAUCAAAAUAAUUUGUAAUACAAGAUUUCAGACAUCUGGAUUUAAAUUAAUUUUUUCUUUAAUUCAGUUUUUUUGAGUUUAAUAAAUAAAAAUAACCUCCUUUUAUUUUCACUGAAAAAAAUACAUUUUCAUUUUUUGUGGAUAUUCUUUAUUUUUUUUAUAUAUUUUUUAUAAAGAAUUAUCAACUUGAUGAAAAGGUACGUUUUUUAAGAUGUCUUCUUUAUUCAUAUAAAGACAAUGUGUGAAAUUUUUUUUAACACGAAUGCGACUUAUUUUUAUUUAUUGAACUCCUGCAAUAAAAUAAAGAUUCUGUUACAUGAAAACUUUAAAAAAAUAUAAUAUGGAAACUUUAA